CGGAGACGUGUCCUGUUGGUCACUUGGCACGGGAUGGUGGCUGCUCUAUUCUGGUUUACGAACCACGCCCAGCAACGAGCAAACAAUAUCCGUAAUAGAUGAUGGCAAUGACCUCAAUGCGGCCCCUGACGGUUCUUUCCUUCUGGGUGUCGAGCCAGCAUGUGCUCCUCUUGUGUUACACCCCCCUUGAGCCAGCCCUUUAUCCAUGUGUACAAACAGCAAAAACAACAACAACGACUACAAUGACAACAACAGUAACCAAGAGGAAAAGAAAAAAAGAAAAGACCAAGCUAAACCAUGACCUUGACCACCGUGCAUCAACUUCCCUCCCAUCAGGGCCCGUUCCCGGCCAGAAGAUGGCGCACUCGAUGGCAAGGUCCCUCCUUCGGUUCCGCCACACAUCAUCCUCGGGGGCGGCGUCCACAGGCCGCAGGAAACGAGACGCAUAGACGGCUCGGUGAUCGAUGUCAGAAAGCGCCGUCAUGGCUUGGUUGAGCAGGCUGCGGUAUGCGCCUUCACGUGCCGACAGGCCUUUCUUGUUGAACGGCUGCACACGGCCCGCCCAUGCCUCAAGCACGCUGCGCUGUGCCCCGUCGACUGUCUUGCCACCGCGUACGUUGCCUUCUGCAGCCGGAUGGAACGGUGCUGCGUACGGAUCCAGGCCGAGGAGCUCGAAGAGGUUUGGUGGAGCAACGGUGCCUGGGUGGAACUGGCAGUUGAGAUACUCAGUAGAGCAUAUUUUGCGGUAGAUUGGUGCGUCUGUUUUCGGAUGCUCAGCAGCUAGUAAGAGGGUGUGUGUAUGUGUGUG